GGCCGUGUUCUUUCCUCCGACCCAGCCACCGGGGGGACCCCACGCCGUCGCUCCUGCUCGCCGCCGCCGGAGGAGGAUUUGUCGGCUGCUCGGUCGGGACCCGCGUGGAAGGAAAGUCCGCUUUUCCGCUGCCGCAGCCGCACGCGUGGGUCAUGCUCUGCACCUGACAGCCCCACCACCACCACCACCACCACCACCACCAACCACGUACUCGUUUUGUGUUUUUAUUUUAUUUUGUUUUCUUUUUUCUUUUCUUUUACACGGACGAAUUAUUUCUUUCUUUCUUUCUUUGAAGAGCUGAGAAGUUGCUGCGCUCUUACGGCAGCUCGCGCGGACUCUAUCGGCCACACGGACUGGUUGGCUUGUUUUUUUGUUUUUUGAACAUUUUCUCCUCUUUGACGGCUGCUGCACCAUCGAGGCGAGACGGCGACCUCAGUCGAUUACCUUUCUUUGCUCUGCUAUCCCAUGGAUAUUCACUGCAAGGCAGACCCCUUCUCCGCCAUGCACCUAUCCCACGCAGGGCACGGCGGCGUGAACCAGCUCGGUGGGGUGUUCGUGAACGGCCGGCCCCUCCCGGACGUGGUGCGGCAGAGGAUCGUGGAGCUGGCACACCAAGGGGUCCGGCCGUGUGACAUCUCCAGACAGCUACGGGUCAGUCACGGCUGCGUCAGCAAAAUCCUCGGCAGGUACUACGAGACGGGCAGUAUUAAACCGGGGGUGAUCGGGGGCUCCAAACCGAAGGUGGCGACUCCGAAAGUGGUGGAUAAGAUUGCAGAGUACAAGCGCCAGAACCCGACCAUGUUCGCCUGGGAGAUCCGGGACCGGCUACUGGCCGAGGGCGUUUGCGACAACGACACCGUGCCCAGCGUGUCGUCCAUCAACAGGAUUAUCCGCACCAAAGUCCAGCAGCAGUUUCACCCGUCCCCCGAUGGAUCCGUCACGCCGCUCUCCACGCCGGGACACACCAUAGUACCCAGCACAGCCUCCCCGCCUGUGACCAGCGCCUCCAACGACCCCGUAGGAUCCUACUCCAUCAACGGCAUCCUGGGAAUCCCCCGCUCCAACGGCGAGAAGAGAAAACGAGACGAAGUUCUCUGGACUGGCAACCACUUGGACGGAAGGAAAAUAGGACAUUGCGGCUCUGAUGGCUCGGGCCCGGGCAACGAUUCUCAGGGCAGCGUGGAGAGUUUAAGGAAGCACCUGCGAGCCGACGCGUUCACCCAGCAGCAGUUGGAGGCCCUGGACCGCGUUUUCGAACGCCCCUCCUACCCGGAUGUCUUCCCCACUUCCGAACACAUCAAACCCGAACAGGCCAACGAGUAUUCACUUCCGUCCCUGAGCACCGGCCUGGAAGACGUGAAGCCCAGCCUCUCCAGCAGCGGCAGCUCCGACCUCGCCUCCAGCGUCUCCCAGAGCUACUCGGUUGUGACAGGUCGAGACAUGGCGAGCACCACCUUACCGGGCUACCCGCCUCACGUCCCUCCAACGGGGCAAGGCAGCUACCCCACCUCGACACUCGCCGGAAUGGUUCCAGGAGGGGACUUUUCUGGAAACCCUUACUCUCAUCCACAAUACACUACUUACAACGAAGCAUGGCGGUUCAGCAAUCCAGCAUUACUAAGUUCCCCUUAUUAUUAUAGUGCCGCAUCCCGUGGCUCCGCGCCUCCCACUGCUGCCGCUGCCUACGACCGCCACUAGUUACCAUGGAGACCAGCUCAAACUGCAGGGCCACGGCUUUGGCCUCCAUAUCGUCCCCGUCUGAGAAAACACUGAGGUCAAAAGGGAAUUUGUGAGAAGGGGGAUCCGAAAGGAAAAGCCACCAGGUCACGCGGGCGAGAGGAAGGAUCGUCAAGGUGGAUGCCAAUGCGUCAGCGUCACACACUUCGGGGCAUAAGAGUCACCGCAACCAUCACGCCGUCACUGUCCCACAGCCCUGAACAUUUACAGAUUGACUUUGAAGAGAUUAUAUAAACAUAUAUAUUGUGAAAUAUAUCAAUUGAAGACGUGUGAGGAUUCCAUGCGGAAACAAACAUGACGUGGCUUUUGAUUUUCGCCUCUCUGUUGCUGUUGUUCCUUUACUCGUGCACUCCUCACGAUUCUUUUUACAUCGCCGACGGCAGUAUUUUUCUGCUCUCAAAGACCCUGCAAAAUGAAUUCAGCAGUUUGGCUCAAAUUAUACCGUACACAUUUGGAGACAAUAACUGAAAACUUGUAGUACUG